AAAAACUGGAGGGCAAGAAAUGGAGCAAAACAGACUGGUUCAGUUUAGUGAUUUUGUGACAGUGAAUUGGGCCUGGGCCGGCAAAGAGGCGGCCGAAGAAAAGAAAUGCCGUGAUGGCAAGGGAGGAAUCGCGCGGAAAGAGGCCGUUCAAGCUAUGGGACGGACGACGUAACGUGCGGAAGGGGUUGGUGGUCGGGAGCCUCGAGGAGUUAGUCCUCCGGGGAAGAGAUAAGUUAGGCCUGUCGCUUGGCGAGCCCGUCAGACUCGUUCUCGAAAGUGACGGGACGCAAGUUGAGGACGCCGAAUAUUUUAGAACUUUACCUGCUAAUACCAUCCUUUUGUUGCUUCGGCCAGGAGAGAGAUGGCUGCCUGCAGGUGUAGACGUCAUCAGGGCAGCAAUCUCCGCCAUCCCAAAGAUAGUUUGCGAAACCAUCCACGCACUCGACUUGCACGAUGAGACCCCCUCGUGGAAGAUUAUGGAUAACAAGGGGCGGGUUACCGUCGUUUUGCACUGGGACCAGCGUUCAGGUCCCUCCAGGAUUUCGUCAUCGGAGGCACCUUCACCUUCUCCCGGUAAGUUUUCUCCUAGUAAACGACCAUCGCUUGUGAUCCAAACCGGAUCAGGAGGAAAGAAGGAGACUGCAAUCAACGACGUGUAUACACCCGCUCUCGCCCAACCCCAACCGCGUUAUGCUAGCCCUCAGAUCACUGUGAUAAACCACGAUGAUGUUAAACCGGUUCAUAGGCUGUCCAAGCAAGGUAGUUCCUUGGAGAGCGCUACGAUUCACAUUCACACUCCGGAAUGCGCUCAUCACGCUCACAUGCCACGAGCAGGAAGUCCUCAAAGUAACGGGGCGAUCGAAUGUGAUUUCCACUGUUGCGCUUUACACGAAGAGGGUCGCAAAAUCGCCGUUCAUAAAUCGGUGGCGACUUCUCCUAUACAAGAUACGCAGCAGACAUCUCCACAGCCCCCUUCCAGACAUGUGCGUUUUUUAGACGUUGAAGGUGGCGGUCGUAGCGGGCAGUCCGAGCACGAGAGUUCCGAAAGCGAAACCGAGAACACCGUGAUGGAGGACGAGGCCGUCACCUCUGAAAAGUUCCUGCUGCUAAUCGACCAGCUGAGCGUCGAUCAGAAACGACAUUUGAGUAUUAAAGAUAUAGGGAUCAUUCUAGAGAGACUCAGCUCCAAAAUUCUAGACGUAGAAAGAUUAGACCGAGAAAGCGAAAGUGAAGACUGUUAUAAUUGGACGAUCAAAGCGACUAUUCGAGGAGAUGUUCUUAGAGAAUUGGGAGUCAUCUAUAACGGUAACUACUACGCCAUUUCGGAACAUCCAGGGUACAAGGAAGAGAACGAAGGCGUUGUAGAAGAAGCUGAAGAAGAAGAGGAGGAGGAGGAUCGGCUGUGA